AUGGAAGAUAAAAGGUUUCCUAAUAACUUAUCACAAGAAAAUCAAAUCCUUCAAUCGCAAAAUAGACGUCUUAGAGAACGAUUACUUCAACUUUACCUUCAAAUUAACCAAUUAACAUCGAUUUCCGAAGCAAAUGGAAUUCCAAUUUCCCAAAGCAAUCAAUCUAAUCACAUUUCUUCUAAAAAACUUAUAGGAGAAUACUCGUUUGUUAAAAGUGAACGUAUGAUCCUUCCUACAGGAGCAAUAUAUUCUGCUACAUUUAAUUCAAAAGUAGACCGCGUCGCAAUAGCUGCUUUAAAUGGCUCUGUAACCAUUUGCACACCACAGCUUAAAACUAAUGCUGUAAUACAAGCCCAUAGUUUAGCAUGUAGAGAUGUUUUUUGGAGUGAUGCAGGAUUAAUUUCUUGCGGAUUCGAUAAAUUCAUGAAAAUAUGGGAUGUAGAAAAAGUACAAUCACAAGAUUUCUAUACAGGAGGCUUGACGCAUUCUGUUUGCGGCUCUGAAUCCGAUUCAAACGUACUUUUUGCAGCUGCCAGUGAUAAUGUUUUCUGGAUUGAUAAGAGAAGGCCAUCUCCAAUUACAAUUUCUGUUCCAUCCCCCGCUACAGCUGUUAGUACAUUUGAUAACUUAAUUAUUUACGGAGAUUACGAUGGCGUGUUAACAGCUAUCGACCGCCGUGCAUUACAUGAAGGAAAUAAAUGGGAAAUACCGUUAGGAGGAGGCGCCGUUUCCUCAAUUUCAAAAGUUUUGCCUACAGGAAGAUUUGUUGUCACAACGGCUAAAAGUCAACCGAUUUUAAUCGAAUUAGAUGAAGAACCACACUCUACGCUCAUGGCUUACGAAGCUCCGAUGAGAUUUGGCUGUCGAGCGGAUAUCACAGAGAAAAAUCUUAUUUUUACAGGAGAUUUCGCCACAUUAUGUGGAGGAAGAAUGGCUGGGUUCUGCGAUGGACUCGGAGAACCAUUCCUCUUCGAAGAUGUCGGUGGUUUUGAUUAUGGCGCAAUAUUUAUUAAUAAUAUUGCACAAAAAGUGCUCACAUAUAGUGAGGAUGGUGUUAUAACUGUAUAUUCUUUGAAACAAUUGUAA